AUGGCACCUCUACAAUAUAUUCGAAAAACUCCUUAUUCAUUUACCUUAGCAGAUGGACUUGCACCUUUCCACGUUCUUGGGGUAGUUGAGGUAUCAAUUCGAUUUGGAAAUUCAACAACAAAAAUUCAUGCUCAUAUUGCUCGAAAAUUAUGUGCAACCAUGAUCAUUGGAAUGAAUUAUAUAAAUAAAUAUUAUUUAAAUAUUAAUGUUGCACAACAGACUAUUUCCAUUAUACAUAAUAAUCAUGUUUCUUCUAUGAAUAUGGAUACAGAUUUCGAACUACAUCGAAUUCCAGUUAAUAUAUCGAAACCGAUACAAAUACCGCCUCGUUCAAAUCGUUCCGCACAAGUUUCCAUUCCAAUAUCGUCUAUUUCUUCUCCAUUUGUGCCUAGUCCUUUCGUACGGAAUACAUACGCUUUAAGUACGCCGUAUACUUUUCUGAAUUUUCAGAACUACUAUUCUGAUAUCAAGUUAUUUAAUAUGUCUUCACAUCGCCAAUACUUAAAUGAAGGCACAUGCAUUGGAUUUUUAACUUAUCGUAAAAAGUCAAUAAUCGGUGAGAAGCCAGAUAGCACCACACAUAAAUCAUUUGAAGUCGCUGGUACUUCCGGUUUGACUUCAGCGCCAAAUGAUUCAUGUGAUAUACGAGUUGUUUCUAGUAAAUCAUUUGGAGUUACCGGAUCGACCGGUGAAACACCAGUUUUACAUGAUUUACUUGCAGCCCGAGUUUCAGAUAAAGCGUUAUCUUCUUCCGAUAAUUACGUCUUUCGUGAUCAUACUACAUCGAACAGUAAUAAUAACAGUUUUUUUUGUAAUGCUAUAGACCCACGUAAACCAGUUGUUGCUGAUAGUUUACGGAUGUUAGUUAGUAAGAUUGAGAAUACACAACAACAAGAAAAACUUUAUUCUUUGCUCAAACAUUUUCAUAAGACAUUCGAUACCACUAAACACAGCAUAGCUCAUACACGUAUAGAGCAUGUUAUUAAUACAGUACCACAUUCGCCUCCAGCUAGUAGACCUUAUACUCAACCGGAUAAGGAGGAGGCUAUGUAUAAAAUGAUUCAGGAAUUUUUACACGCUGGUCUUAUUCAGGAAUCACAUUCCCCAUAUGCAGCACCGGCGAUUUUAGUCAAAAAGAAAGAUGAUUCAUAUCGCUUCGUAGUUGACUACAAAAGACUAAAUUCCAUAACUAUUAAAGAUUCUUCUCCUUUACCCAAUAUGGAAGAUGCAAUUAGAAAACUAGGUCAAGGGUAUAGCUAUUUUUCCAAACUUGAUCUUAAAUCAGGUUUUUACCAAAUACCCAUCAACGAGGGUGAUAAAGAGAAAACAGCAUUCGUCACGCCGUUUGGCCUCUAUCAGUUCAAUGUUUUACCGAUGGGUUUGAAGAAUUCACCUCCAACGUUUCAAAAAGUUAUGACGGACACCUUAAAAGCUUGUCGACUUUUCUCACUUGUAUAUCUAGAUGAUAUAAUUGUGUUUUCAAAGUCAUUUUCAGAACAUCUACAUCAUCUCGAACAGGUACUCUUAGCGUUACAAGCAAAGAAUCUAGUACUUAAUCCUCCUAAGUGCGAACUAGUUGCUAAACAAAUCGACUAUCUAGGACAUAGCAUUAGUCAGGAUCACAUAACACCAAUGCAGGAUAAAAUAGAAGCAAUACUUCAAAUAAACGAACCGCGUUCCUUGGGACAGGCUAAUAGAUUUAUCGGCGCAUUGGGAUGGUACCGCAAAUUCAUACCACACUUUGCCACAGUAGCGGCUCCCAUACAUGCUAUUACGAAUCUCACAAAAAUAAAUCGGCGUAAAUUCCGAUGGGGAUUUGCUCAAUCACAAGCAUUUCACAAACUAAAACAAAUGCUUAUCACGGAACCGUUGUUCCUUCAUUAUCCAAUACAGGAUAAGCCAUUGAUUUUGGCCACCGAUGCUAGUGGUAUCGGUAUUGGAGGUGUUUUACAACAAGAAGUUGGUGGGAAAAUACACAAUCUGUAUUACCACUCACAACUCAUGACGAAAUGCGAACGUAAAUAUAGCGCUAUAGAGAAAGAAGCUCUCGCUAUAUAUAAAUGUUUUGAGAGAAUGCGACCUGUCUUGUUAGGUCGUAGUAUCACACUCAUAACAGAUCACUGUCCGUUGUGUCAUAUCAUGGAGAAAACUGUACGAAACGCUAGAGUUGAUCGUAUAACUCACCUCAUUCAAGAAUAUAAUAUUGAAAAGGUAGUACAUAUUAAAGGUACUGAAAAUUGCCUUCCUGAUUUUCUCUCGCGAUAUUCGCAAGAAGAGGAUGAUGAUCUAUUUGAAGUUGAAUACGGACUUGGUAGUAAAGAAUAUAAACCAUCUCCAACCUCCUUAACUACUCAAACAGAUCGAAUAUCUCCUUUGAUGUCUACUAGUAAACAACCACGAACAUUAGCUGUCAUGAACUUAAGAUCACGAAAAAAUUUAGAAAAAUCAGUAUCAGCUUCCACUUCCGUGGAUGAUGAUGUCAAUACUGAUGAUGAUCUUGAUAGUAAAAAUUCCAACGAAUUUUCACAGCUACACGAGACAAUACCUAAUUUCUCCCACAACUAUUUUGAUCUAAAUACAUUAAAAGAUAAACAGACAGAAGAUCCCGAAAUUCAACAAAUAAUUGAACAGAUCAAAAAUAAAUCGCACACUUUAUCUUUCGUUUUUAAAGAUGAUGUUUUGUAUAAGUUGCAAACACCAUCACGUAAUUCAAAGCGAAAAAUAAAAGUUAUUUAUCUACCAUCUUCGAUGGUACUUUCUCUGCUCAAAGCCUGUCACGAUGACCCAAUGAGUGGUGCGCACUUUGGUACCGAUCGUACCUACCUAAAGAUUAAAAAUCAAUAUUGGUGGCCACAUAUGAGAAAUUCUAUACAAAAGUACAUUAAGUCAUGUACUUUGUGUCAGCAAUAUAACAUCAGCCGACAUAGAAAACAUGGGCAAUUAAGACCCAUAUCUCCACCAGAUGGUCCUUUUUCGUUAGUCGGCAUCGACUAUUGCGGACCGCUAAAAAGAACUCCGCGUGAUAAUCAGUAUGUACUUGUUAUUACUGACUAUUUUACACGAUAUACCACGGCAAUAGCGUUACCUAAUUGUACGGCAGAAACGACCGCUCAAGCUCUUUUUAAUGAGUACUUCUGCAAAUAUGGUGUUCCUUGCACUAUUCUUAGUGAUCAGGGAUCCCAUUUUCAGAAUCAAUUAAUGGCCAAUAUCAAGAGACUUAUUGGCUAUAAUCACAUCUAUAGUACUCCUUACCACCCGCAAACCAAUGGUAUUGUGGAGCGUUUUAAUAGUACGUUUAUUCCUCAAAUUGCAAAAUUACAAGAUGCGGAAAAUAACAAUUGGGAUGAGUACUUACAAGCAGUUGUUUUCGCAUAUAAUACUGGGGUACAUAAAACAACUAAAUAUUCGCCUUUCGAGAUGCUGUAUGGUCGAGCACCGUAUUUACCUAUUAAUGCACCACCAACGCAUUUUACAUUCAUUAAACCGAAUGAUUACUUUGAGCAACUAAAGAAAACUUUGCGAAUAUACCAACAAGCUGCCAAAUCUAACAUCAUUCAACAACAACAAAUAAAUAAAAAUUGGUACGAUCGAAACCGCCUUGAUCCCCAUUACCAAAUAGGAAACAAAGUUCUUACAAGAAUACAUGGUCUAAGGGGAAAACUAGACCCCAAAUUUUCAGUCACACCGAAAAUUAUUAUUCAUGUGAACCAUCCAAUAUAUAUUGUUGAAGAUGAGAUAACUCAUGUACAAUCACAGGUUCAUGUUUGUGAUAUACGACCUAUUCUUAUAGAAUAG